AUGGCGUUUUGCGUGGAUACAACCUGGGAAAUUUGUAUUUGUAUCUGCGAGGAUUCCCAGUCAGAGCAUGUUCAUUGUGCUUGCAACGAUUGCAACGGCAUGCCUGUCUCAAGAGCGACCGCAUUCAGACAUCGUAAGCGUGAACAUAGCAGUUCAAGGGUAACUGGAAAUUUAGGCUUGCACGAAGAGGAAAUAGAAGGCCUUGAGGAGUCAUCAUCUAGUGAAGUUUUACAAGCCGUGGACCAAGAUCAAGAGAUGUUUGAUUACUCAGACACAUUCGUGGAUAGUCUCGAUUCUGGUACUCCUGAAGAAAACGAAUCGAAUGAAUUACACGUUCAUGCAGGUGAUGUAGACCCAACCAGAACAAUAACUGAGCAAAUAAUAGAUGUAAUUCUUGAUGCUCUACAAUUGCAGCUUGAACUAAAAUUGUCAAACAUUGGAUUUGAUCAUAUCUUGGACUGGGGAAAGAAACUAUUCAUGAUGGGAUUUAGGAACUAUUCCUUACUACUAUCUUGGCUUAGCCAGGGAUUAACUUACUGUCAUGCUGUCAAUCAUAACCUGACACACAUUAAAGAGGAUGUGAUAAACUUUGGUCCUCCAGAUAACUUUUGGUGCUACAACUUUGAGCGUGCAGUUGGUCGCUAUAUUGCAAUAUCAACCAACUUCAAAAAUAUUGAAAUAACUUUUGCGAGGGCAGAGUUGCACAGAGAAGUUCUUAAGGUGCGUUCUUCCUUGAAAGCACAAGGAAACUCUUUUGCAGAAACUGUUUCUUAUCCAAAGGAGGCACACUAUGGAUCUCUAGCUGAAUUGGAAAAUGCCAAACAGCAUUUCAGUGAUGAAGCAAAUCACCUGACCAAAAUUAACGGUAUACUAGUUGGAGCAUCAAAACCUGUUCAUUUGUUUGAAGAAGUGCAAAGGAAUUCCAUCCUUGCUCAAUUUGGCCAGGAUCAAGGUAUAACAGGUGAAAGCCUUAGUGAUGUGGCACAAGAAUGUCGUAGUAUCUAUUUCACCAGUGUUAAUGGCAACAAAGGAAUGCUUUAUAGAGUAGGUGAAAACAUAAUUGUUUCUGCUGAAGAUGGCGAUGAAUGUGUUUUAACUAUUACUCAGCUGCUAAGGACAAACGUAAGCCACGAAUAUCAUUUAUUUGUUGUUGGAGAUUGCUUCCAGGCAGUGAUCUAUAACUCUGAAAAGCAACUCCACCAAUGGAGCAAGGGAGCCUUAGUAAGGCCAUCAAGUACUGAAAAGAUUGUCCAUUCUUCUAAAAUCCAGCGGAAGGUUAUGCUUUUUCCAGAUCCAGAAAAUCUUAAUGAUCCAAGCAUUUACAUUUGUAUCGACUUUCAGAGACAGUGCUUUCCACUCUCCAGUGUUAUUGUUCCCUGUUAUCCUGAAGUGGGUGAUAUGUUACUCACAAAGGGUGAUGACCCAGACCCAUGGAGAGCAGUGGUGUUAGCAGUUCAGGAAAGGACUCAAACUGUCCAGGUGCAGUUUUAUAUACCCCAUCCUCGUUGGGGUAGGCAAUCAGGUCUCUGGGUUCGUGAAGGUACACGCCCUCAGCAAGUACACUUCAAAAGUAUACUUGGCAGAUCUGCAGGAAAUUGGCAGAGUAAUGGACGAAUGUUUAAAGAACUCUAA